AGCCUUCCAGCCGGGAGGGGUUCGCUGAAGGAGGCGGGGCGGGAAGGCUGGAGGUGUCUAAUCCUCCCGAGCCGCGGGAGACCCGAGCAGGCUCCGUGACAGCUCGUCGGCCGCCAUGUCAGCAAGCGGGGCUGGAAACGCGCUGGGCGCCCGGCGGUAGCCCCCCUUUCGGCCUCGGAUUCCCAGACAUGGAAGGUCAUGAAUGAAACCUUAAGCAGUUCCACAAAGAAUGCGCUAAUGGAUGACAGAGACAUCCCUACAUGCAAUCUGCAGAUAGAGCCACAGGAUGGACGUCAUCCCGGUGACAGCGUGGAAAGGAGAAUAACGCAUUUGCCUUCUGCACCCGACGAAAAUGAAAACCAGCUCGCGGGGGAUGUGCCUGAGUCUCUGAGCCGCAGCGACGGGGCGAUGGGCAAGACCGAGGUGCUUGAGCAGGACAGUCUGAACAACAACGCAGCCUGCCCUCCCCGCUGUGAGGCCCCAGGCCAGGACUCGGAACACACUCAGUGUGAAGGCCCCAAAGAUGGCCAGUCCUUCCCAGGAAAGGACAGAAACCUAUCUGGAAAAAGAAGCACAAGAACCAAAAAAGGCACUUCUAGGAAGAUGCCACCUGGCGAUUCUAUUCCUUUAAUGCAAGAAAAGACUUGGUGUGCAACUCGCUCUGCUGGUGGGGAAGAGACGAGCGCUAAUGAUCCCCCAGAAGCUCCGAAGCCAGCUCUGCAGCCUCUGUUCUCACUGAUUCGUGGUGAAGUUGAGCAGAUGGACUCAAGGGCACUGCCCCUUUUCCUGCAUCAGGUAGCAGAGUCCUAUUUUCAGGAAGAGGACUAUGAGAAAGCAAUGAAAUUCAUUCAGCUUGAACGACUCUAUCAUGAGCAAUUGCUUGCAAAUCUUUCUGCCAUUCAAGAGCAGUGGGAGACAAAAUGGAAAGCUGUACAGCCACAGUUAGUGACACCACUAAGGAAUUCAGAGAAAGGAUUUAAUGGUGAAGAUUUUGAACAGCUUGCUAAGUUUUGCACAACACAUCAAGAUCCUCUUUUAUCCAGACAUAAGACAACAGCUGUGGAAAAGCCGCUGGGAAGGAAGUGCUGUACGCAGUUAACAGUGUCGGAAGUUCCAGAGGAAAAGGGAGUUGCAGCCAAAGGGUCAGAGACUGGAACUUGCCCUGGCAUGGAGCCAAGCACAGAAAGCCAGCUUAAAGAGCAGCCUCAGGAGAGCAGCCCUUGCUGUCACCAGAUGGACUGGCAGGCCGCUUCCCCCAACCCUCCAGUGCCUGCGGGGAAGGAGCGCUCGCGGGAGCCGCCCUGCUGCACCGAAGCCACGCCGCAGCUCCACACCCCGUCCCCGGGGGCCGCCGGGAGCAGGUCGGGCCAGGGGCCAGACGCGGCCGAGCAUGCUUGCGGGGACGACAGGCGCCCGCAGGCGGCUCCCCCAGAGGACGUGGCCCAAGACCCCAAGGAGUCUCUGCCCAGUGAGUCAGUGGUAGAGCCGCUGGCCUCCCCUGGCCAUGACCACCUACCUCCCGGGUUGAUUUGCGAACACAAAUAUUCACAGAAGCACCGAAAAGAACUGCACUUGCCCCUUCUGGGUACUUUCGAGGCGCUGCCCGCGGCCCGCCCGGAGAGCAGUAAGUCGAAUGGACUGCAGCAACCGGACCUCCCCGGCGGCGAUGGCCAGUCGGAGGCCGGCGGCGCGCGCAGCCCCUCGCCCGGAGUGCGCGCCGCCCCGGAGGACGAGGAGCAGCCCGUCAGCAAGGAAACGGAGGACUAUCUGAACAGCCUUCUGGAAGGACGCCUGACGGACACCGAAGACCCCCUUCCCGACGAGGAGAACCAGGACGACGACUCCGACCUCCCUCAGGACCUCUCUCCUGAAGAAGCCUCCUACAGCCUCCAGGAGAGCCUGCCCGCCGACGACAGCUGCCUGUCCCUGGACGACCUGGCCAAGAGGAUAGAGAUUGCCCAGGUCGUUCCUGCGGAAGGUCUGGUCUCCAUAUUAAAGAAGAGGAGUGACUCUCCAGGGGACCAUCCUGCCCAGAUGCAGCAGAAGCCAUCAAAACGCAGAGUGCGAUUCCAGGAAAUGGAUGAUAGCCUGGAUCAAGAUGAAGUUGGAGGAGGCUCCUGCAUUUUGCUGAUCUUGCUGUGCAUAGCAACGGUUUUCCUUAGUAUUGGAGGAACUGCGCUGUACUGCACCUUUGGUGACAUGGAGUCACCUGUUUGCACAGACUUUGCAGACAACAUGGACUUCUAUUACACGAAGUUACUGCAGGGAAUGGCAGAACUGAAACACUGGAUCUACCUCUCCUAGCACUCAAGAGGAACAGGCAUGCUGACAAUGAGAAUGAAAGAUGUGAAAAACAUUCCCCCUCCCCGCAGCGAGGACCCAGGGACUUCCGAAGCUGGAGUGAUCUCAGAGUGUGGCAAAGCACCGAGGAUGGAGGUGGUGGUCUUUGAGGAGGGUGCUGGUCUUACUGCUUCCUCGGGCCUUGAAGUGCACUGAGCAGAGUUACGCUGGGCCAUCUCGGAACCACACCGGGCUCAGCUACCUUGUCAAGUUAACGGUUGCAGAACACUUCUGGUUUCCACUUGUCAGUCCGUAGCCAUUGCUUCCAGCCAUCAUGCAAUAAGUUUGUAAUCAACAGUUACCUUAUGGUUUCAGAGCCAUUUUAGUUAACCUCGGGAGCAGUGGAAUUUAGGCUGUUUGCGUUACUUCCAGAUUAUAUUCUUCAUUUGUGACAUGGUUGUGUGUGUGCGUGCGUGUGCGCACGCAUGCGUACGCAUGCGUUUCAAGCAGUCAUCAUGAGCAAAUACCCAACAUAGAGUGUAACAAAGUUUAUCUUUAUUCUUUUAACUCGACUACGAUGUGCAGGCACAGAUCUCCGAAGAAGGCUUACCUGUGGAGUAGAUGAACUGUAGAAAUGUUGGCCCUGAACUGAGAAACUAUGACAGAUCUAUGGCAAUGAACUUGAUCAAGUAGCCAGAAAUUAACCUUAGGCCUGAAGGCAAAAUGAAAGCGCUCCCUGAGUCCCCAGGCAAGGAUCUCACCAAGAAUUCCAGGCCGCAGCUCAGCAAACCACUUGCCUGAGCACCUCUGACGUUCUGAGAAUCUAAGAGCAGACACAACAUAAGAUAUAAUGCCUACUGUAGAUGCUAUGGAAAGUAAACCCAUACUUUGGUGAAUGAACUCAAACUAUCACAUCUAGGUCAGGAUUCACAGGUCCUACAUUCAGGCGUGCUGAACGUGCAUUCCUUCCUAUCAUGAGCUUGCUUUGGACCCGGCUGUGGGUCAUUAAGCAGAAAUUCAAUCAUACCUUAUAUAGGCAGAUGUCUGGUUUUUGUUUAAAUCUGUCAUUAGGUGGCCUUUCCUUCUUUAAGGUACAGUGGUCUAACAUUUAGGAAGCCUUGCUUUUACUUUUUAUAUUCUAGGCAGCAUUUUUUUAAAAACCAUGAAUUAUAGUUUUUUAGCAAGUAAUCACUAUAUCCUGUUUUACUGUUAAGAUCAUUGGAAAGGAAAAGAGAAACAUUGCUUUCUAGUUGUUACUGGCUGGUACAGUACCUCCCUUUGUGUUUCUGCUUAUUUAUUUGGAGUAUAUGAAUUUUCAAGGGCUUUUUAUAUAAGUUGAAAGUGUGUUGCUGAGCAUGCAUUUGGUUAUCCCAGUGCAACGUAUUUAAUUAUUAUGUACUUAAUGAAUGGAUUUUUCUAUCAUUUCAGUUCAUUGUGUUUUAGGCUAAUUUUUAAAUUGAUGUUUGAUGGUCACUUAUAAGUACUAUUUGACUUCUAUCAUGUCGCCACAAACUAAUAUUUUCAAUGGUUAUAGAUCAGAGUUAUUUAUUUAGACAUAUACAAAAUACUGAAAUUUAGAUUCCUUAUACUUAAGGCUGAUUUUAUUAGAAGAUUAUUUUAAAGUCCAACUAUAAAUGUAAAUAAUUUGUACUCAUGUGUAUAAAAUAUGAAAUAUGUCCACGGUACUGCUGUGAGUGAUUCUAAAAGCUGCUUGUGAGGGGCCUCCUUGUCAAAGACAAACUUCUUCUGUUUACCCUCGUAAUUCCUAGUUGCAGGAAUUCGGUAAUCCUUAUUUCUGUCAAUUUUAUGUCAAGAGAAGUUAAACUUUCCCUCCUGUUCGCCUCUUUAGGUCACUUUCAGAGUCCUGAUAAUUUCCGUAAUUCUAUUGGCCACCUAGGCCACUCUUCUGAAACCAAGAUUCCCCGGGAGCCUUCACAAUGAAGGGAAAGACCUAGUUGUGUCUCAGAAGAGCCAGGACAGGACGUGAAGGCAGGAACACACUGAUCUCUUGACUUAAAGUGGGCAUGAAAUAUCACCUAGAAAAACUAGAGCACCUUUAAGAGUGUGAUUGUCAUUUACUGCAUGAACUGGAGUAAUUCUACUUCGCGAGGAAAGGGUUGUUUAUCUCAUGCAUAAGGGAUUCAUCAGCUUUUACUGAAAUGUAAUUUCCUCUCUCACUUGAAAGUACUGACAGCUAUUUGUAACUAAUCUUCCUUAAGAACUGUAUUUGAGGGUGUCAAAUCGAGCUUGUAAUUUAAAAUCUACACCAACAA